AUGAUCGUAUUUAAGUUUAUCGUUGAAGCAGUGUCUUCAGAACUAAAAUUUAAAAUAUUUAAAUUGUUGAUAGGUGGUGGUCCUUCUUCUACAACUGCUUCAUCAACAACAUCUAGUGUCCCUGGGGGACUUCAAGGGGCUACAUUUACUAUACCAGGCUUUCAUAAUAAUCCGAAUAUGGAAGUGUUUAUGGAAGUUACCCCAGAGAGUAUCACAAUCGAUUCAAUGGAGACAACUUUUGUUGGAGGUGGUCAAGCUAACGAACUUCUGCAAAAUGCUUUUCAAGGCCCACCAUCAGAUAUUUUAAAUUCGAUAUGGCACAUGGCUGGUCAGUUAGUAAACAGAGGAGCUCAGUCUACCCAAUCUAAUACACCAAAUCCGACGUCAUCUUCAACGUCGACCACAGCUCCGUCUGCUCCACCCACCGAACAAAUUGAUUCAUCAACUAGCGAAUCUUUCGGUACGCAAACAACAUCAAAUUUAGGAUCGUCGGCUGCCACAACUCAGAAUUCUCAAGCUCGAGGUAACACUCAAACUAAUCCCACGACAGCUACUCAUACAAGAUCUACUUCGCGUCCACACGUGCAUCUCGCACAACAUGCCAUACAGGGAUUUGAUCCUUACUUGCCAUGUAAUUCACAUCACGUUGUUCCUUGGAGACGAUUCCAGUCAAGUAAUGCACGACAGGACAAUGCUACUGCAACUGCAAGUGGCCAAAAUUUACAAAGUGGAGGAACUGGAACUGAUAGAGAUAGUGGAGGCACUCGAAUAUAUCCAGUUAAUAACACAAUCAUGAAUAUAUUGCAGGGUAUAGUUAAUUCAAUACAUACUAUCUAUGGUCGUCAAGCGCAGCAACAACCUCAAGCGCAGCAACAACAAAGAACUACUGUUAAUGUGGCACAAGCUACACCACUGGAUAAUGGAGUGACGGGAAGUGUAGCACAAAGUGCCGGAGAUGGUGUGGGGCAAGGGGCAACUACAGAUUUAAAUAGUUUACCGCUUCAAUUGCUGCAAACGUUUAUGCCUCAAUUGCAAAAUAUUAAUCUUUCUGACUCUAAUACUUCUGGUCCUACAAUUGCAGAGUUGCUCCAAUUAAGCAGUGUUUCUGAGGGAGAAAAUCUUUUUUUAGAUCUUAUAAAUUUGUUGUCACGCCAUUUAACUGUUGGUGAUUUGAUACAAUCGACAAAUGGCCGUCUUGAGCCUUGGAUGCGCAUUCGUUCUUCUAUACGAAACUUUUUUUUGGUUCGUGUCAUGAAUGGAUCUUGUUCCAGCGUGGCAAUUGACAGAGGCGUUAAUCGCAUCUUGUCAGAGAUGCAACCCUUAUUUAAUCAUCUCAAUGCAUUACCCACGCGUGACGAUAUCGACUUAGUGAGGUCUGCCCAAUCAUUGUUUCGUGCUCGUUUGCCAAAUAUAAUUUCUUUGGCCACAUCAAGAAGCCCUAAUUCUCUUCGAAUGCUUGUUGAUCAGUGCUUAAUAACUGCGAAACAAUUUGGUGCGUUGAUUUUGCGUGCGAGUAGGAACGGACAACCUGGUGUUGAAGUUGUUUUGGAUUCGAUAGUUAGUCAUCAUACGAGAGGUAUUCCAAGAGAGAUUCAACAGUGGACAUUAAUGACAACUAGAACACAAAUGAGGCAAUUCUUGUCUAAUCUAGGCGUUCCUGAUAGUGUUUUACAACCAUAUAUAGUUCGUAAGAUUGAUGCUGUGACGUCAAAUGUUGUUGCCAUUGCACAAAAGGAUCAGCAAGGAGAAGCUAUGCAAGUGGACGAUGUCGAUCGAGAUGACAAUAGUGGUGGAGCGAGCGGUUCAACUGAAAUUACGCCAUCUUCUGUAAUAAAUCUCGGGGAUAAGGAAAAUGACGGGGAACCUCUUCCUACAGUUGUAUUAGGAUCAGAAACUUGGCAUAAUGACGUACCAGCUGAUUGGGUUCCUAUAAUAGCUCGCGAUGCCCAGAGACAACGCCGACAAAAUUCUCAAGCUCCUUUCAGUGACGCUUAUUUGUCGGGAAUGCCCAGUAAACGGAGGAAGAUUGUGACAGCUGCUAAACCGCGAGGUAGUCUGUCUCAAGUAAUUUCAGAGAGUGUGCGCAGAGCAGUAACAGCAACUGGUUUGGCUUCAGUUGCGCCGUUAGAGGUGGUAGCGCAAGGUGCAGGGUCCGAUAUAAAUAUUCAAUCAGCAUACAGAGAGUUAUUACGAAGUAAUGUGAGAGCAGGAAUUAGAGAUAACUCAGACUUUACUCCUGAGCGCUUUCCUAACGCCACUAGCUAUUUCAAUGGUCCUCAAUAAUAAUAAUAGUAACUGUGCUUUGCAUUGAUAUAAACAAAAAAAUAUGAGAGCUAUUAGGCUGCUGUACUGUAGACAAUGUAAUAAUUGUUAUUAUGGUUAAUUACUUUAUGAUUAUUCUAUAUUCUUAUUGUAAUAUUGAACUAAUACGAUCAUUUACUUGAGUCUGUCUGCAUUACCAAUAGCGUUGUUGUAGAACCAAAUUUAAAAAUUACUAAUAAAUAAAAGUGUUAUGAUGGGUUAAUAAAUUGUGUAAUAAUUACAAAAGCAUGAAUCGAUAUUCACUAUUGCAGUAUUCCAAUAUACGACAUAGUAUAGAAUAAUAAUAAUAUAAAACAAAAAUAAUGGUAGGAGUACAUAUUUAAUAUAUUACAAAUACAUAUAUGUAAUCGUAUAUUUUCUCUUGUAAACAUAAAAACAGUGUAGUAGAUGGAUGGUAUCUGCAAAUGUAAAAAAUCGACACUAUCUUCCGACAAUGUCGAUAUUUAGUAAUAUAGUUAUAUAGAAAUUC